CCGAUUCGUUUGGCGCAAUCCUUCUCCUGCAAACGAAACUCACGCGGCGGCUGCAGCUCGUUUUUUUCCCAUCUUCUUUUUUUCUUUUGAUUUCCACUAUCCGCAUUUCCACGGCUGCGUUACUUGCGGUCUGGCUUUCAUUGUUUCGGCUCUUAAACGCUGUUUUUCACGUUUACCUUUACGGCUCCUGGCGAACAAAAACGCUCUGCGGUGUACGAAACGAUACGGGAAAAUGGCCAGGACAUAGUCAACUUGGCCUUAACUGUCGCACAGUUAAGUUUUGUGUGGAGCACACUGAAAGAAAAACAAACAGCCGGAGGACGAGUGGGGCAUCAAAAUUUCAGCAUUUGCGGCCCGCCGCUGGCGACGUGAUAUAACAGGAGUUGCCGCUCGACUUUCUCUACUUUCUCUCUCUCUAUUGCGAGUCGAGGUUGCGAGGGUCGAGGUCUCCAUGUGGCAGCUCCAUUGACCGGAUUGCUGAACUCAACCACUGCUUUUGGGCCAAUUCGUUUGACAAUUGAGGAAGUGAGCCGCAACUUUUAAAUGAAGAAACAUGGGGAAUGGCAUGAACAAGGUCUUGCCGGGACUUUAUGUGGGCAACUACCGCGACUCCAAGGAUCACGCACAGCUGGAAAGGUUCAAGAUCUCGCACAUUAUCGCCAUACAUGACAGUCCGCGACGCCUUUUGCCGGACAAGCACUACCUGUGCGUAAUGGCCUCGGAUACUCCCGACCAGAAUCUGUCGCAGUACUUCUCCGUCUGCAACGACUUCAUCCACGCCGCCCGCCUUCGCGAGGGCAACGUGCUCAUCCACUGCCUGGCGGGGAUGUCCCGUUCGGUGACGGUGGCCGUGGCCUACAUCAUGACCGCCACCCACUUGAACUGGAAGGAGGCACUGAAGGUCGUUCGUGCCGGACGGGCAGUGGCCAAUCCGAAUAUGGGUUUCCAAACGCAAUUGCAGGAGUUUGAGCAGUUCAAGUUGUCCGAGGAGCGUCGCCGGCUGAGGGAACGCUUUCCAUCCUCGGCGCUGGAGCAACUGGACCGCACCAAGGUGGCCACCGCACUGGAUAACUACCAGGAGCUACUCCAGAAUCGCGACAUCUGCGAGGGCAACUGUUCCCGCGGCGAAAAAUGUCCAACAGGAGUCUGCAACAUGGACCCCACGAAGGGCUUGUUCCGUCGCCGCCCCUCCAACGCCUCCACCCACUCGCGCUUGAGAGCGCAGUCCUCGAAUGCCAACGCCUCGUCCAGUUCGCUCAGCGUGAGCAGUGCCGCCGGCGCCGCCCAAUCCUGCCCCACAUCGCCCAAGAACUCCCCGCUGCCCAUGGCCCGUCGGUCGGUGGGCAACGAGCGGAUUCCCGAGGACGAGAUCGUCCUGGAGCAGCCGGCAACCACCUCUCGUGAAGCGGCCGAAUAUGCUGCCGCCUUCGAGGAUGCUCGCCGAGAACAGGAGCAGCGCCAUCAGCAACUGGGGGUCAGGGGUCAGCGGUCUCCGCGACCGGGAAACUUUGGGAGCGGAACUCCACGGGUCAGCAGCGCCGGCAGUCGCAGGGAAUCCGCCGCCAGGGAGGGAAACGGAUCCGGUUCUGGAUCGGGAUCAGGAUCAGGCUCUGCCCAGCUGCAGCGGAGUGCCAGCACGGUCAGCGGAUUUGGAGUGCGGCCGCGGAGCAGUCCGGCUGGUCUGCACGCCUACACGGGAUCGGUUCCUUCCUCCGUCCACGGGUCUAGAGUGGAUCUGCGGGAUGCCGACAAGGGAUCGGCCAUCUACCUGGGCUGUUCGGCGCCAAGGGCCUCCACGCUGUCGAUAUCCUCGUCGAGGGGAUCCUCGGGUGGAUCGGCACCACCUUCACCCUGCCACACUCCACCCGCCAGUCCGCGUCAUGGUGUCAAAAGAUCCACCAGUCUGGUAAAGAAGCCGAGAUGAAGUCCCGAGCCCGUCCUCGAAAGGCGAGGAGUGUUUGUUUCCAUUCGAGUUGCAUUGGCGCCCAAUCUGCAUCCAAUCUGUAAACCCUGAGCAACUUUGGCACCUUUUCGGCUAAAAGCGCGCGUGACCUGCUGACUUGUUUGAUGAGGACUACGGAGUUCCCAUAUUCCGGCUGGGAAUCGUAUUGUCCUCGAAUAGCUUACUCUUGUUAGACGCCUAGAGCCUGAAGGCAUCCUUCGUUUCCGGCUUUGGCUACCUAAAAAGUUGUUGAUCAAUUUUUAAAAAACGCAUUCGAGUGCAGCCUGAAUCAAAAAAAAUCAAAUGUUGAGAGAUUAUUUUUCAGAGACGCAUUUAAGAAAAUACCGACAUAUACAUAUACACACAUAUUUACUGUAUAUUAUAUAGCGUAUUUAUUUAUACGAGCAGAUUUGUUGUCGGUCCACUUGGAAGGACUGAUAGAUAUCCCCCGGCCAUCGGUAUUGGCCAUUUGUUAGUUUUGUACCGAAAGCUGUUGGUCGAGCGAUUGCAUAGACAGUCGAACAAUAAUUGAGAAUUGUACAAUUGCGUAUUUUUGAUUAAAUCCAUUGUUGUUGCAAAUAUUUUGAUAGCGGAACAAAACCCCAAAAAAACAAAAAAAGAAAAGCAUAAGAAACUAUAAAAAGGGGAAACCCAAGAAGCGUUAUAUACAUUCAUACCUAGUUGAUCUAGAUUGACAUAUGAGAUUUGAGAUUGUUAUUUAGAAUUGUUGCAUUGUGUAGCAUUGAAUAUAUAAACAAAGUUUAUUAGCUCACCCCACCCUCUUUCUUCCACACGAAAAACACACCAAAAAUCUCGAAAAGUAAUACAAGCAAUACGGAACGGACUUUUCCACACAUUAAACACAAACCAAAUUUAAUCUAAACUAAACAAAUCGCAUUAAAGUGUGCUUUAAAGCUUGUGGCUUAUCAUGAAGAAACCAAACACAAUUAAACUAUAAUCGAAUAAGAGUGUAAAAUUAUUUACAAUCUUUCCUAGAAUAUCGCAAACAAUCUAAUGGACAUUUGAAACGUUUUUGCAAGCUGGCUUUGACAAAAUAAAAAUGUUUCAGAGAUACACAAAAUACAAAAUACAUAUGGCGAUUGAAGGGCGAAUCAAAUACUGUAUUUAUAUUGCCUAGAUAAAUGCACAAAUCGGUUUUAAACUAAAGUUGAAUAAAAUGAAAUCGUUAAGUUUGUCGAAUGAAUACAAUUAUUAUACAACAAUAAAAGCAAAUGUCUCCAAGACACAAUUAAAAUGAAAUCGAAUAAUAAAAAUGCCCUUGGAUACUCCCAGA